AUGUCCGAACCUGAGCACAAAAUGGAACGAUUCAAGAAUCGUAUUAUAAGACUUCAAGAGAAAAUACUCGAUCGAGUUGAAGAUAUAACAGACCAAGUGCAAAAUAAAAUAGAGAAAUCAAAACUAUCAAAAUUCGUCUCUCACUUGUCUGAAGAAAGAAGUUCUAUUGAGGAUGCCACGGAUAAAGAUAGUAUAAGCAAGUCAUCCAUAGAUUCUAAAUAUAGUCAAACCUCAGAGAGUAUUCCAUCUGUGAUUAUAGACGAACCUAGUGUUAAUGCAGACCCUAAAGAUAUUUGCAAUGACUUUUUGACUGUGGAAAAGCACGGGUUUUUGUAUAGGAGAUGUCGAUCGGCUACAAAUUUAAAUUUGGAAGAUGAUUCCAGUUUUCAUAGUUCUAGUGAAUCUUGUUUCUCUUGUUUGGAUUCUAGUGAUGAGCGAACCACCGAAAUAAGACCGAGAGCCGGCAGCCUACCAGGACAAAAUUCAGAUAUAGCCUUUGCUAUAAACACCUGCACAGAUUUUAUUGAGAAAAUCGGAAAUCGAUUCCCCCGUCUUAAGAAUCGAGGCGAUAGAAUACAUAGGUAUCUUUUAAAAAACACGCGGCUAAGUGACGUGAACAAAAGAUUAAAAGCGCAAAUAUGGAGUUCUGUGGUCACCAUUGUCCUGGUGGAAGCCAAGAAUCUUCCCGCGAUGGACAUAGACACGAGAUCCAGUGAUCCUUACUGCAAGUUUAGGUUAGGCAACGAAAAAUACAAGAGUAAAGUGGUCUGGAAAUCGUUGCAUCCCUCGUGGCUGGAGCAAUUUGACCUGCACCUUUAUGACGACCAAGAGCAAAUAUUGGAGGUGACGGUUUGGGAUAAGGACAAACAAACGAAAGACGAUUUUUUGGGGCGAUGUACAAUAGACUUAUCAAAGUUAGAAAGAGAGAAAACGCACAAUAUACGGAAGGACUUGGAAGAUGGAAAUGGACAGAUUUUUCUUCUUCUUACCAUAAGUGGCACUACCCAAUCCGAGACCAUUACAGACUUAGCGACGUACAAAGAAAAUCCUAGAGAUAUUUUAAAUAUUGAAAAAAGAUAUGCGUGGUUCCGUCUUAAUGAACACUCUAGCGGUGUUGGUUGGCUCUGCGUUAAAGUUUACGGGGCUAAGGGUCUGGCUGCAGCCGAUUUAGGGGGUAAAUCUGACCCAUUCUGCGUUGUAGAACUCGGAAAUGCCAGACUGCAAACCCACACAGAAUAUAAGACUUUGACCCCGAAUUGGAUGAAGAUCUUUACAUUUACAGUCAAGGACAUGAGUUCGAUUUUAGAAAUAACGGUUUACGAUGAAGACCAUGACCACAAAGUCGAGUUUUUGGGUAAACUGGCAAUACCAGUAUUAAACAUACGAAAUGGGGAGAAACGAUGGUUCGCGUUGAAAGACAAGAAAAUGCGGGGGAGAGCGAAGGGAAAUUUUCCACAAAUACUUUUAGAGAUGUCGGUGAUAUGGAAUCCGUUAAAAGCAGCCAUAAGAGUCCUAAAUCCAAAAGAGCCUAAAUACAUGCACCAAGAAGCCAAAUUCAAACGACAAUUAUUUAUAAGAAACGUAAUGCGGCUCAAAGCUAUUAUAAUGUGGUUUAUUGAAAUUGGAAAAAUAUUACAAGACUGCUUCGAAUGGGAAUCGCGAAUUUGCUCCUUCAUUGGCCUUCUAGCGUGGCUCGCCUUUUGCUACUAUUACGAAAUGUGGAUGGUACCAUUGUUUCUACUCUUAUUCUUCGCGAGGAACUGGCUGAUAUACCGAUUAACAGAACAAAUAAAAACCUACAAAAACCCUUGGGCGUGUUUAAAAAGAUUCGUUUCUGGUAGUGGAAAUCCUCUUCUCGCUCCAGUAGAUGAUGAUGAUUUAUUGGCUGAAGAAGACGAUGAGGAGGAAGUUGAUAAGGAAGAAAAGAAAUCGUUAAAAGAGCGUCUUCAAGCUAUACAAGAAGUAACGCAAACUGUUCAAAAUGCUAUUGGUUAUGUCGCUUCCUUAGGAGAGGCUGUUAAAAACCUAAUGAACUUCACAGUACCCUAUCUAAGUUAUUUAGCGAUAAUAAUGCUGGCUGCAGCGAUGUUGGUGCUAUAUAUGGUACCAUUGAGAUAUUUACUUAUGGCUUGGGGCAUAAACAAGUUUACGAGAAAAAUCUUACGACCUCACACAAUACCGAACAAUGAAGUUUUAGAUUUAUUAUCUAGAGUACCAGAUGAUGAAAUAUUAUUAGACGUUCGAGAAUUAAAACCGCAUCCGACCAGCGAACGCCGGGACGCGAGAAAAAAGCACAAAGCUUCGUAA